UCGAGGCAAAAUAAAUUAUAAUUAGAAAGUAAACAACUGACUGUAAUCUGCGUUCACGCAAUAAAGGAUAAAUUUGAGGAAAAAUUGUGGACUGAGAGAAAUAAACUCCAAGUUGAGUCAAAGUCUAUGACCAGACAAUGGCCUGCACAGCCAGGAAUGACUCAAUGGUUUUGGAGAGAGAACCUUUGCAACUAAACCAAGAAACACCUGCAGAAACAAAACCCAAUCACGAUGAUGCCGAACAGGUAGAGUUAUCUCUCCUGAUAGAAAACCAAGCACCUAAAAGCAAUGGAAAAAAUGUAUCAAGUUAUGCAAUAGACCCUGCAUACCAGAACACCACUGAAAACCCAUACAGAGAAACCACUGUGACAGUGCCCCACCUUGUGAAAAAAGUCCCAGAAGAUGACCUGACACCCCCACCCUGGAAAACCUUCAACCAGAUUUUGAUUAUGUCAUAUGUCAGUGUAUUUUUCUGUCUUUGUAUUGGGGUUUUCGCCAAUAGGGAGGCAUGGAAAGCCAAGAUGUAUAAUGGGAAAGGUCUGUAUGGCUUAGCUCAGAAGAGGGCCAAACGGGCAGUUAUAAUCAGCUACAUUGCUGUUGGAGGUGGAUUUAUAAUGAUCUUAUUAAUUAUACUUGCAGUGACAGGUGCUUUGUAAAUUCCCUUUUAUCCAGGAUCAUAGUUCACUCUAUUUUGGAGUGUUAUGUUGUAUAUAUAUAUAUAUUGGUGCAUAAUUAUAUUGAAUGUGUAUACAUGCUUCUUGACUCACACCCAUUAUAUCUUAUGUUGGGAAAAAAAAACAUUUCAAAUGGAAUAUAGUUUUUUUAAAAAAAUCUAUUUAUUUAGAUGCAAAUAUAUGCAUUUUUUUUCAAUUAUGUACAUUGGACAAAGGAAACAGCGUACUUUUAACUUGUGAUAAUAGAUUUGACAGAUUUUUUUAAUUCAUAUAUAUACAUUUUUACAUCUGAGAAAGGACUUAACACAAAAAAAGUGUAGAUUUCCAACCUGUUAAGUGAAAUUCAAAAUUAUUUAGAAGCAGUCAUUAAAUCUAAACUAACAUUGUCAAUAAUACUCUAAAAAGAUAGACACAAAAUAGGAUACCUGAUAAAUUUAUAUCAUCGUGAUAUAUAUAUGAACUUGUUAAUAUUAUUAAAUGCAAUUGUUUUUAUGAGCUUUCAUGUAAAAGUUGUGCUGAUUGAUUUUAACCAUAGUAUUUCAUAUACCCAUGCAUUGCCAUGAGCAUUUUAUAAUCUGCCUGAUGAAAUCAGUUAUAGAAGAUAUACAGUGUACUAGUCCUUGAUUUUCACCUUCAUAAACUUGCCAAUUUUUCACCAUUCUGAUAUACACAUGAGGUGAAUGAGUUAAGAUGUUAUGCAUUGUUCUGUAUUAUUUUUUUUUUCCACUACAAUUUUCAAUUUAUUGUGCCUAACAAACAUAUAUGGUACAUACCAGAAUUUUAAUGUCACCUAAAGAAAGAAAUGUUUUUAUAAUUCUUUGAUUUGUUUAUAUCUGUGAAACUUUUACUUCACAACAUUCCCUAUUUAUUAUUUGACAUGUGUUUUGUACAGCAAUUCUUAAAACCAGUCUCUUCUACGUACAGGCCUUUGCAUUGUAAAAAGAAAAAAAAAACAACAACAAAACAAAACUCAGCAUUAUGAAUCCAGUGUUAUUUCCUGCACUUGGUGUCAGUCGUGUGCGUGAUGUAUGAUGCAGCUCAUACAUUUUCAGUAAUACAUUAUUGAUUUUAUAAUCUUUCUAAAGCAAUGUUUCUAAAAUAAUAUGGUAUCAUGUGGCAUUGUUGAGUAAGUUUAGACCUAUCAUAAAAUUUCUGCUAUAAAUGAUUGCCAGACUAAAUGCCAUGAAGUAUAUUCCAGUAUAUGCACACACAUUUGGACUCGGUUGUUAAAUGAUUAACAGUUCUUUGAUUGCUCUACUGGUAAUGCUGCUGUAUUGUUCUUUUUCAAUCAUUUUUUUUAAUUAAUUUAUUAUAUUUUUUAAUUAGAUGCAGAGUAUUCUUCUGUUCAGUGGAUAUUAAUAACUUUUGUCUUACCAAGAUUGCAAAUUAUGAAUUUUUUUUAUAACUAUUUUUCUUGUAAUGGCACUUUGAAUUAUAAAGUUAAAUUUAAAUUAUCUAAACAUUAAUUUAUAAGCUACCUGUAAAGUAUACAUUUAUUUUCCAAUUCUGAGAAUCAGACAAUGAUACCAGAGGUAAAAAGAUAUAAUAUUAAUACACUGUAGAUGUGUAAAAGAUUGGAGUAUACUUUUUUAAAUGUCUCUAGUCAUGCUAAUGUUAAAUUGUCAACAAAACAACUAUUUUAAAACGCAAAAUAUUUAAACCAGUUUCUUUUUCUUUUACCAAGAGCUCACAUUCUAUAUCAAUACAUAUCAUACAGGUAAAGCACACUCAUUUGCUGAAUAAUUUUGUGCAAUUUUGUUUAUGAAAAACCCGGUUUCUCAUACAAUGCAUAACCUUUUAUAAAAUAGUUUCCCAAUUCCACAAACUUGAUUUUUUUGAUUUGGCCAUGUGGCUGACAAGUAUUUUUUUCAAUCCUUUUGAAUUGAACACAUACAUGUACAUGGUAUAACCUGAGCUGAUUUUACGGAUGAAAUCCAAAUAUAUUUUAAAAAGUUUGUGUUAAUAACUUUGAUAAGUAAUCACUUAAUAUUUAGAGUAUGCACAUUUGAUCACUAAAGAGUUAAAAUAUUGCAUCAAGAAUCUGUCAGAUGAAAAGUAUUUUAAAUCCUACUGUACAAUGUGAUACCAUGUUAAUUUGAUAAUGUGCAUUCAGAGUGAUUUCUGGGUCAAAUCUUCGGUCUAAUAUGCUUUGUAUUUACUUCAUCUGUUACCAUGAGAGAUUGGACUACUAGAUCUAGUGGAGUAACUAUCUCUUUUUUUUUAAGAUAUGAAUAUACAUGUAGCAUUUACUGCCACAUAACAUAUUUUUUUACAUAUAUAGAAAAGAACAUGGGAGAAAGGCAGAGAAAAUGCCUUUAGCUAAUUAAACCUUAGCAUUUUUUGUGAAUUAUUUCCUCAAUGUUUAUUAAUGAAUAUUUUAAUGAAAAUAUUAACUACAUUUACAUAAACCCAACUGUUGGUAUUUUCCUCAGCUUGUUCCUAUAUGUUUUUUUUUUUUUUUUUCAUUUCACUAUGCAUCCAAGAUGAUGUAGAUGCAUUUUAGGUUGUAUUAAUCACCAUGAUUUAAGAAAGUCUUACAAAUCCAUUUGCUUUUGUUCAUUGCAUCAUUACAUCACAUAAUAUUGUUGGGUUUUUUUUUAUAAUCAUAAAUAAAUAAUCCCCUACCUUAUAAAAAGUGAUAUCUUGUUUAUUUUAAGGAAAAAAUAUAACCUCAAAUACCUGCUGAAAUAUUGUAUAUUGGUAUGUUGCACAGUGAAUGUUCACUUUAGAUGUAUACCAAGAACUUUCAAAUCCAAUCUGGAUUAUAAUCCUACAUAUUUUGACCAUCUUUACAUUAUUAAAUAACUUUUGCUUUCAUUCCCUCAGUGUAUCCGACAUACAAAGUAGUAUAAGAUAGGGAUAGUUAUUUUUGUAUAGUGCAAUUCUGUGUCACAUUAGUGUAUACAUGUACAUUUUUAGAUCUAAAUUUUACCAAGGAUCAUGUUUUCAACAUGGGAAAUAUAUUGAUGUUGAAGCUUAACAAUGUUGUUCAAAGUAUGAUUCAUUAUUCAAUUCAUUUGAUUAUAAAUAUUUUACAAGUAAACUUUGCUUUUUUGAUU